AUGCGCCCCCUCACAGAACAGGAGAGCAAGACGCUCUUCACCAAGCUCGCCAACUACACGGGCAGCUCGCUCAAGAACCUCAUUGCGCCGCUCGACGACUCGCCAAACGCCGAUCGCUUCGUCUUUCGCCUCGUCAAGGACCGCGUCUACUACGUUCGCCUGUCAAUCGCCAACCUGGCCACGUCGAUAGCACGCGAGAAGCUUCUGUCCCUGGGAACCUGCAUUGGCAAGUUUACCAAGACGGGCAAGUUCCGCCUGCACAUCACCGCCCUCGAGAUCCUCGCCGAGCACGCCCGAUGGAAGGUCUGGGUCCGUCCCAACGGAGAGAUGCCGUUCCUGUACGGCGGCAACGUCGUCAAGGCGCACGUCGGGCGAUGGUCCGACGACUGCCCUGAGCACCAGGGAGUCGUGGUCUACAGCAUGAAUGAUACGCCUCUGGGCUUCGGCCUGACUGCGCGGAGCUCGGCUGAGGCGCGGCGGCUUGACCCGACGGGCAUAACCGUAUUCAGGCAGGCCGACUGCGGCGAGUACCUGCGUGACGAAGACAAUCUGUUCGCUACGACCUAG